AUGUGGGGCGCACAAGUCAAGCUAGUACUCGAGAUUAAGAGGCACUGGGUCGCUGUGAAUGAGAUGACCCCAAGUGAAUCCGAUUUGAAGAUGAAGAAGGAUGCUGUUUCAAUGGUAGCGGCUAUUGCUGGAACGUCCAAAUUGGGUGCAGUGUCGGUGAUGCCACUUAACGGUAGAGUGAUUAAUCAAAAUAUGGCUGCUUCAUUCAUUCUAGCGGCGCUGGGCGAGAAGAUCACGUCUGAGAUGUACUUUAUGGACUACCCACCCACGAUGCUCCGCCAUUUGCGCCUGACGUACAACGUGAAGUGCGGCGCAAGUAUUGGGGCAUCAAAUCGUGAGUGCAUGGGGCUCUACCUUGGUGGAGAUGACUCCAUGGUUAACCAUAUCAAGACGAAAAGACGUGUCUUUGAUGAGCUUCAAGAACAGCACGUGCAUGUCCCGGAUGAAGAGAGGAGACAAAACUCCAUGCAGAGCCUGGGGCCUGCCUGGAACGAGUUUGUGGGAGUUCUAGAAUCAUGUGCAAGAUUCGAGGCCACUCUGCAAAGAGCCCAUGUGGAGGCUGUUCGACGCGAUCAGCAAAAGGGACGUCGAUCAACUAGUAUUGAUACAGCUGGAAACAAGGCUUCUGCUGCCUUCCACACGGAGCAGAAGCCUGGACGUCGAUUUACCAAGUCGAAGACGGAUAGCGACAUGUCCAAGGCUAAGUGCUACAAUCGCAAUCAUCUGGGACACUUUGCGAGGAGCUGCACGAAUGACUUUACAAAGAAAGAAACAUCGAGUACGGCUAUUUUGGUAGAAGACGCGGAAACAAGUUGCGAGCGUGUGUGGAUCGUUGACAGUGGUGCAACGAGCCAUAUGACUGGUCAUUUGAAAGCUUUGAUCGAUGUUCACAGCCUGGACAAGCUUUGCUUGCUGACUGUGGCUUCGGAAGAAAUGAUGAUGGCUACGUCGAUAGGGAAAGCGAUGCUGCAGCGCGAUGGCAGUGGAGUCUAUGCACUACAAUAUGUCUUGUAUGUCAAGGGUCUGGCUCGUAAUCUUGUUUCUGUUGCGGCAGCGUCUCGCAAUGGUAUGGAGAUUAUAUUUAAGGAAGAAUCGAGUGUAAUUCGCUCUGACGCUGGAACGACUUUAGAAGCUUCACGAGCAAACCACCACGUAUACGUGGUCUCGGCAUUGAGUGAGCCGAUCAUUGGCUCUGCCAUGAUAAUGACGGAAAUGUCACACGUAGAAACGUGA